AUGAAGAAGGAAAUACUAACCCUGGCCUUUGCUCGAGCCGUCUUUGUGGAGUUCCUCUGCACGCUCAUCUUCGUCUUCAUCGGGCUGGGCUCGGCGCUGAAGUGGCCGUCGGCGCUGCCCAGCAUCCUGCAGAUCGCGCUGGCCUUCGGGCUGGCCAUCGGCACCUUGGUGCAGGCCUUCGGCCACAUCAGCGGCGCCCACAUCAACCCGGCCGUGACCAUCGCCUUCUUCGUGGGCAACCAGAUCUCCCUGCUGCGCACGCUGCUCUACGUGGUGGCCCAGCUGGUCGGGGCCAUCGCCGGCGCUGGGAUCCUCUACGGCGUCACCCCCGCCAACACCCGCGGCAACCUGGCCAUCAACGCGCUCAACAACAACAUAACCCCAGGCCAGGCCCUGGUGGUGGAGAUCAUCCUCACCUUCCAGCUGGCCGCCUGCAUCUUCGCAUCCACGGACAACCGGCGCAGCGGCGUCGGCUCCCCCGCGCUGUCCAUCGGCCUCUCCGUCACCGUGGGCCACCUGGUGGGGAUUUACUUCACCGGCUGCUCCAUGAACCCUGCGCGCUCCUUCGGGCCUGCCGUCGUCACCAGGAGGUUCAGCCCCGCGCACUGGGUGUUCUGGGUUGGGCCCAUCCUUGGGGCUUGCUUGGCCUCCCUGCUCUACUUCUACAUCCUGGUUCCCUACUGCAUGAACAUGUCUGACAGGGUGGCCAUCAUCAAGGGCACCUACGAGUCCGAGGAGGAGUGGGAGGAGCAGCGGGAGGAGAGGAAGAAGUCCAUGGAGCUGACCCCGCCAUAG